AUGGUUUUGUGUUUAACUGUGCAGGAAGAUUUGAAGCCUCCAAUUGCCGUGUUUGUUGAGCCAACUGAGAAGAAUGAAAAAUUUUGUUUUGGUGAAGACAAGGAAUCAGUAAAGAAACGACUAGAAGGGGAGAUGGAAACAGGAAAUUAUAUUCCAAAAGAAAUAGGAAAUGAUCAUGCAAAGCAAACAGGAUUAGCGGCUGGAGACUUCAAAAAGUUGGUUUUUUGCAUUCAGGAGAAAUUCACAAAAACAUUGGACGAUAUGAUCCAACAACAAACCGUCUCCACCGAGAAUUUGUGGAUACUAGGAAGCAGCCAAGAAUUUCUCCAUGAUCCUCUGGAACUAUGCUGUGACAAUGCUGCUUCAAUAAAACAGGAAGAGGGUUUAUUUACCGAAGUUUCAGGAGCAGCAUCUUCAGCUGGAACCAGCAAUGAAGCAGCAGCAGGAUGUGUUUCUGAUGAAGAAAUACAUGGCUCGCAUAGGCACUUGUGCAUCCACGCUGAAAAUGAGCAUGGGCCAGAUUCAAUAGAAGAAAUUGCUAGGGAUGAUAUCACUUUUAUAUGUGAUGUAUCUCCAUUACAUCGCACCAUGUGCAGUCGAUUCCCAAAGGCAAGCGGCGUACGGUGUCAAUAUCCCGGCAGAGACCUCUAG